ACAAUAGGCUGCCAUUAUGCAAGUGCUUCGACUGAAGUGGAACAUCUAUUAUAAGUAGUCCAUUCAAACAUUAUUUUACGACAGCUUCCAAAAUGAGCAUCUAUGAGGAGUCUACGCAAUCAAAGAAAGAGGAUUAACUCAUCCGCCCGUCAUGAUUUAAUUUGAGAGCAAACUCUAUACAUGGAUACAAGGAUAGACCUACUCAACGACAAACUACAAACAAUAUUGGACUUUAAACAAAACAUCAGCAACAAAAUGUUAAAAGAAUUUGCGGAUGAAUAUCAACCUUUGCUUAUUAAAGAAACCAAAGAUUAAAAGCAACCCAAGUUUCCCAACAAAUCACUUCUGCUGGCUGCGUGUGCUGCGUGUAUAGGGGGAACCUUUCAGUAUGGAUAUAAUAUAUCUAUCAUCAAUGCUCCCACAAUGCAUGUGCAGAAUUUCAUCAACCAAACCUGGAGGGAGCGUUACCAAACUGACAUAUCAGCAGAUGUUCUCACCCUGCUUUGGUCCACUAUUGUGUCUAUAUUCACCAUAGGAGGACUUCUAGGAGUGACAGUCGGUGGGACAUUAUCUGUGAAGCUGGGGAGGAAAGGGACGCUGUUGGCCAAUAAUAUAUUUGCAUCAAUGGCUGCUCUGCUAAUGGGUCUAAGUUACCCUACAGGAUUAUUUGAAUUACUCAUCAUUGGACGUCUUCUCACUGGAAUUAAUGCAGGCAUUGGCCUUUGUGUUCAACCUCUGUAUUUGGGUGAAAUAGCUCCAACUGCAUUUCGUGGUGCCAUGGGAAUGGGAACUUCUAUUUUCAUCACUGGUGGGAUCUUGACUGGACAAGUGAUUGGCCUCAAAGAGCUCCUGGGUAAAGAAGAGCACUGGCCCAUCCUGCUCUCCACCACAUGUAUCCCAGCAUUGCUGCAGCUCCUGAUCCUACCCUGGUUCCCAGAGAGCCCGCGCUACCUGCUCAUUGACAAAGGAGAUGAUGAGGGAUGUAAGAAAGCCCUGAAGCAACUUCAUGGUAUAGCUGGCUGUGAUGGCGAAUGGGCGGAUAUCGAGAAGGAGAAAAAUAAUUUUGUGGAUUUCCAAGCCAAGAAACCCUGGGAGCUCUUGACUGAUCGUAGUGUCCGCAGGCAGCUUCUCACCAUCUUGCUGCUCAACGCUGCACAACAGCUGAAUGGCAUCAAUGCUAUUUACUUCUACGCAAAUUACUUGUUCAGACAAUCUGGUAUCCCCGCUGAUAAAAUACCAUAUGUGACCGUUGGCACUGGUGCCUGUGAAUGCAUCACAGCUUUAACAUGUGGUAUGCUCAUUGAUCGUCUGGGAAGGAAAGUGCUCAUUACGGGAGGAUACACACUGAUGAGUAUCUGCUGCAUUUUAUUCACGCUGACGCUCUCUUUCCAGGAUGCCAGCCCAGUAUUUCCAUACAUGAGCAUGGUGUGUGUAUUUGCUUUUAUCCUGAGUUUUGGCUUAGGACCAGGUGGCGUGACAAACAUUUUGACCACUGAGCUAUUCACACAAACGGCACGGCCUGCAGCGCACAUAAUUGCAGGAUCAUUGAACUGGUUGAGCUUCUUCUUUAUCGGCCUGGGCUUCCCUUUUAUUGUGAUUGGGCUGCAGCAGUACUGUUUCCUGGUGUUCCUGGCCGUCUGCUCCUUAAUGGCGAUAUACAUUUUCCUUUUUGUUCCUGAAACCAAGAACAAAACCUUCGUGGAAAUCCAGAAUGAGUUUCAGUCCAGAAAGGCCCGCAGUGCUGAUGGGGCAGGGACGACACUGUUAUCCACUUUUAUAUGAAAUCCAUCCAUCCAUCUUCGUCCGCUUAUCCGGUGUCAGGUCGCGGGGGGAGCAGCUCAAGCAGGGGACCUCAAACUUCCCUUUCCCGAGCAACAUUAACCAGCUCCGACUAGGGGAUCCCGAGUCGUUCUUUUAUAGGAAAUCAAUUAAAAAAUGUUAUGUCUCACAAUAUUUACAUUAUGUCACAAAGAUGAGUAACUAAAAAUGAGGAUUUAUAGUCCACAUACGCACAACAAAAUAGAUGAGAUACUGUGAAUUUCAGAGAUGUAGGCUUUACCGGGUAGCCAUAAUUACGUCUUUUUAGUUCACUUACAGAUAUAGCCGCAUAAAUCAAAGUUAUCUUAAUUUGUAAUAUUUUGGUAUGAUCAAUGUUGGUUUGUAUAACUUUUAUAAAGAGUGCUCUAUUGAGACUUUUCAAUAAAGAUCAAUUUAUUAAAAGCAAGCUUAUGCUGUAUUAGUGAACUUACAACUA